UGUUGAAGCAUCUAAGAAGAGCAGGCCUCCCUUCAUGCCAUGGAGAUCGGGAAAUGACGGGCUCACAGGCAAUUUGGGUGCACAGAAGAAUCUGUCAGCCUCAAACACAUCUCCUGGGGUCUUUUUUAAAUUAUGUUUGGCAGGCUUGAUUUUGCCCCGCCUUCCUGUGCAGCUUUACUGCAAGGCUAUUAACAUUUAAAUGAAGCACCCAGGUGAGGGUGUUAAUUGUUGAGAUUCUAGUAGCUGAUCUCCUGUCUGGGAUUCUUUGAACUUGUUAAUCAUUGAAAUGAGUCCAUUUGGGGCUACUGAGAGGUCGCAGGCCUGACACCAACUCUCUGCUCUGACACAGGUUUGGGAUGUGAUGGAGAACGAGCUGCACAAGUCUCUGGGCUCCUGUAAAAGGAUUGGUUGCAGAAAUGUCCUCAGAGUUGUUGGGAGGAUUCAAUAGAAGAUGCAUGCAAAGCACCUGGCUGAAUGCCCAGAGCCCUGCAGACACUCAGGAAUGAGUAACCAUGCAGAUUUUCUACACCUUUAGACCAGAUAUUCUAAGAAACUUCCUGCUAUAGAUUAACUAGAUCCUGAUUGUGUUUUUCAUUUCCAGGCUUAGAAGAAAUAAAGGAAAUAUCCCAGGAGCAAAAACAAAACACACACAUGCUCCUCUCAAGAGUCACUGGCAUCCCAGCUGAAAAGUCAGCUCUACACCUGUGGGACCUAUGGGCCUGUUUCUGAGCUCUGUUCUGUCUCUUUGGUCCGAGUGUCUAUCUGAGGCCAAUACCACAGUACCAAAUGCGGUUGCUUUAGAGGAAGUCUUGAAAUCAGAUGAGGCUGAAGGCUGUUGAAUUAUGAGAAAGCGUCAUUUGAAGAGAUGGAUGCCUCUGACCCCGCCAGGCUCUGCAGACCUGAAGGUGGCUCCAGAUCUGGGGUGUGCGGCAGCAUUGUGUGUCCAACAGAACAUGAAUAAAAGCCUCACUCUUAAGAAUCCUGGAAGAGUAGCAUACGAUUCAGACGGGAUAAAGAUGUUUUGGGAGAAAAAAAUCGAGCAUCACACAAGACACCUGCAGAACGAGGACAUGAGGGUUCGCAGAAGCGCUCUGAACAAGCUCCGCGUGGGAUGGGCUGAGCAGCUGGAGGGGAGGAACAAGAUGCUGCAGGGCCCAGGGAGAUGCCCAGACAGGGUCCCGGAGGCCACUGAGUCCCUCCACACCAAGGACAAGAAGGCGGCCUGAGGGCCCACGAGCUCCAGACUCUGCAUGAGCUUCCAGAGGGUCAUGGAGAAGGAACACCACGCGUGGGGUCCAAGCAUCCACGCCAGAGUUCACAGGAUCUUCAUCAUGGAAAUGGCCCGCACCUCGCUGACCCCGUAAUAAUCCCACCUCGGGGUCCACGCUGCAGCAGAGUCCCAGGGUUCUCUAGCGCAUCUCUGGUGCCCAAUAAAACCUAAGUCAAUUGGAUUGAAUGUUUCGUGCUAAAUUUCCUUCCUGUCUUUAAGGUUUCUACGUAGUAAACA